CUCUCGCGCGGAUCUAUUUCGCACCAUCCAAAGUGUUACCUAAAACUGGUGUAACUGCCUGAACUGGUCACAAAGAGGGGAAUAUGUCUGCUUUCCAUUUCCCCUUCCUACGGGGACACGAUGGAUACAAUGAUUUCGAAAACACCGAACUUCAGGACCACGAGGAAUUAUCUGAGAGACUAAGGAAAACUCUUUAUUAUGGAAAACGACCAACCACAGACCGCCCAUCUCUUCCCCUUACAAACCUGACUGUGGAUUUCCUGAAUGCCUCAGUGCCAAAGAAACUUGGGAAGAUUGAUCACUAUUUUGCAGCUUCUAGUGCCAGACAUUCUUGCAUGUCACCAUGUUCGAUGAUGAUGGGGAUGAUAUACGUGAACAGACUGAAGAAGAAGAAGCCUGACUACAUGCAGCAAGUGUCUUCCUCUGACCUCUUCCUGAUUUCUAUGAUGAUGGCUUCCAAGUUUCUGUAUGAUGAAGGUGUUGAGGAUGAAGUAUUUAAUGAUGAAUGGGCAGCCUCAGCAGACCUGGAAACCGAGGACAUCAAUGAAAUGGAACGGAAAUUCCUAUCGGCAAUUGACUGGCAGUUGUAUGUAAAUGAAACAGAAUUCUAUCAGGUGCUACAACAAGUGGAAAGACGGAUUGCACUUAACCAGGGACUUGAAAGAGGGUGGUUCUCCUACACAGAUUUAUGGGCAAUCAGCCAAGACCCACAACUCCUACAGACCUUUACAGGAUUAUCUGCUCUGGUGCCCAAGAUGUUGGCAGUGUCAAUGGUAGCUUAUGUGGCUGGACUUUUAACCGUGGUGGGUUCUACCCUCCUGGUCACCACAACUCUGUCUACCCUGGCUACUCUGACCCCCAUUGGCCUCCCCGUUAAGGAGCACUCCAUGCUUCCGACCUUGAACAAUGUGCCUGUGUCUAGUCCCAGUCAGGAAAUCACUCAGGAAAAGAUGGAAACUGUUACAAUUGAAGAAAACAAACCAAAGGUGCUGGACGGAGCUUUUUCGUCAUUAUGGACUCUCUUGACUCUACCCUCAAUAUUGUCUUUGUCACAUCCUGUACUCUCUGAAAAAACAACUGGUGCUAAAAAGUCUGCUAAUUCAGAUGGUAACUCUACUGGGGUUGGAAACGGCUUGGACAAUGAACAGACAAAGGACACAUCCAACGUAGAAGGCGAGGGAAUGAAUUUGUUCAGUUUGGUCAAGGACAUUGUUUUGUUUACGAUACCUGAUCUUCCACAAACCAGUUCAAAUCAAAUGGUGUGUGCCAAAGGUCCAUGUUUGUUUAGUGGACAAAAUAUUAACUGUAAGAAUGUAUCCACACCACAAGGCAACUGGCUGAUCAAUUCUCUAUGGACUCAAAAGGACUAUGAACAAAGGCGAACUGAUACACGGUGUAAGCAUUGUGAGGCUGGGAAGACUUUGGACUUUGGGAGACCGGACCGAUUCUGUGAUACCAGGGAAACGGUUGGUGACUGGACUUUAGAUGGACACUUGGACAUCUCAUGCUGUUGUGAUCAUGUGACUGCAGAUUUGGAUAGGUCUCUAGUGAUGAAUGGUUUCGCGGACAUAUCUCUAGGCUUUCGUACGAUGUUAACUCCAAUUCCACUUUUUGGGACUUGAAUUUAAUAUUUUUUUAGUGAAUUAUGAUUUAUGACAAAAGUUCUCCAAAUAUUUUAAAACUGUUUCGAACAAAUAUUUCCAAUACUCAUUUUGUUAAAAUUUAUUUUAUUUUAACCAAAGCUUUAAAUUCUGAAAAUUUUUGAAAUAAAUUUACUGGUAUAUUUUCAAGCA